AUGGCCAACGAGGAGAGCGGGAGCCCGCUCCGACGCUGGAGGCCGUUCUACAGCGCUUUCGGCGCCAUCGACGAAGCAAUCGAGGCAGCCGGCCACGCGCGCGCCGCGUUCCGGGAGGUGAGGGUCCGGAUCGUCCAGCUGCUCCGGGGCGCCGUGGACGACGGCGUGGCCGAGCAGCUCUGCGCCGCGCUCGACGACGCCAUGGUGGAAGCGCUCCAGACUCUGCGGGUGGCGCCCGUCCCGCACGGUGCGCUGGCGUCCACCGACCUCGCAAGGGCCGUCGGCGCCCUCGGGAAGCACGGGUCGGCCCGGAUCCGCACCCUCGCGGGCGACGUCGUGCGCGGGUGGAGCACAGCCAUUGACGGCGCUAAAGCUACAGCAGAGGAGGAGCUCGACAAGCUCUCUGAUGAUCGGAUCCCACGCCAGGGCAUCUCUACAGCAGUCAAGAAGCCGGUCGACGCUCAAAGCGAGAAGAUGAAGGCCAAGAAGCUGAUUGUCACUCAAAGCGAGAAGAUCGAGGCUAAGAAGCCGGUCGCUGCUCAAAGCGAGAAGAUGGAGACCAAGAAGCUGAUCGUCACUCAAAGCGAGAAGAUGGAGAAUACUAAACGGAAGCUACGUGAGGGUUACGAAGAAGCCAAGAAGAUCAAACGUCUUCACACGAUUCAGAAGAUCGAGGAUAAGGAGGCACCAAAGCUUUUGGAGCAAAGCCAACGGAAGAUGCAUAGAGUUCCAGCAAGAUGUAGGAUCUCCUCAGGCGUUCGUCGUUCUUUGCUUCCCUCUCUUCAGCUGAUUUAG